UUAAUCAAUUAUUAAACCAGCUAAACACGCCCUAUCGCCACAAAUCUUAAUCAUACCCUCCGACUUCUAACACAUUUGCCUAAAAAAGAAGUGAUGGCGAAGCCACGUCCCUCUCUAAUUUCUCUCCCGUUUUAAUACUCAACGCUAAAACAUCGCUUGCUUUGAUCUGGGUUUCCCUCUUUUCUCUCCCUUUCUCUGUGUUUUUGGGUAGCUGAGCCCAUAUGGUGAGGGAGACGAGGCUUGAUUUAAACCCAUCCUCACUCACCAAGCGAAAUCAUGUGAUUGUUAAGUUUGUUAUCUCAUUGCUCUUGAUGGGUCUUGCAUUUCGUCUCUUUAUAUCCGAUUCAUUCCCAUUUUCUCCGUUUCAGGACACACAGACACCUCCCGAUUCACUCCCACUUUCUCUGGUUCAGGACACACUCACACCUCCUCUGCUUCCGACCCAACCCGAUUCUCCUCCUCCUGUCUCGUCUUUCCCCAUUCAACCACCUAUUUCUGUUGAUUUACAGGCCAAUCAUACUCCACAGUACGUAAUUGCAGUUGCAGAGAAAUGUGAUCUUUUUACUGGGGAUUGGAUACCGGACUCAUCAGGUCCAGCAUACACAAAUGAGAGCUGCCAUGAGAUUGAGAAUCAUCAGAAUUGUAUGAGGAAUGGACGGCCUGAUUCAGAUUAUCUUUACUGGAGAUGGAAUCCGAGGGAUUGCGGAUUACCCAGGUUCAAUCCUGAGAGAUUUCUUGAUUUGAUGAGGAACAAAUCAUGGGCCUUCAUUGGUGAUUCCAUUUCUCGGAACCAUGUCCAGUCACUGCUCUGUAUUCUCUCUCAGGUUGAACAAGCUGUGGAAGUAUAUCAUGAUGAAGAAUACAGAUCCAAGAUAUGGCGGUUUCCAAGCUACAACUUCAUUCUUUCAGUAAUUUGGACCCCGUUCCUUGUCAAAGCUGCUAUUUUUGAAGAUAUAAAUGGUGUUUCCACAUCUGAAAUCCAGCUUUAUCUUGAUGAACUCGAUAAGAAAUGGACUGAAAAAUACAAGAGCCUUGAUUACGUGGUUAUUGCUGGUGGCAAAUGGUUUUUGAAAACUGCAAUAUACCAUGAGAAUAACACUAUCUCGGGCUGCCAUUACUGCCCUGGAAAGAACUUGACAGAGUUGGGAUUUGACUAUGCAUAUCGUAAAGCACUCCAGCUUGUGCUUAAAUUCAUCACAGGCUCAGACAAUAAGGCAUUUGUUUUAUUCAGAACAACUACACCAGACCACUUUGAGAAUGGAGAAUGGUUCAGCGGUGGCGUUUGUAACCGAACAGCACCAUUUAAAGGUGAGAUAGAUAUGAAGGAUGUAGACGCCAUAAUGCAUGAAAUUGAGCUGGAAGAAGUUGAGAAGGUUACAGCCAUGGCAGCAGAAAAUGGAAUAGUUUUGAAGCUACUGGAUACAACUCGGCUUUCAAUGUUGAGGCCUGAUGGGCACCCUGGACCGUACAGGCAAUUCCAGCCUUUUGCCAAGGCAAAGAAUGCCACAGUUCAAAAUGACUGUCUGCACUGGUGCUUACCGGGGCCAAUUGACUCUUGGAAUGAUUUGGUGAUGGAGAUCAUUGUUAACAGUGGACCAAAUCAAUAAUGAACUAAUUCCAGUGAUGGUUUCAGUUAGAAGGGUUCCUCACCGGGAUGCUAAACUGGGAAGUGAUAGAAGAAGAUUCAUUGGGCGGAAAAAGUAAAACCUGGUGGAUGAAGAUUUGCAUGAGCAAGAUAACUAGUAAUUAUUCUUUUUCAUAUUAAUUGAUAAUUCUUUGUUUAUUGCUUCGUCGUAUAACCUGAAUGGAUAGAACAAUUAUUAAAGAAGAAGUUUCUCGAA